AUGUUUCAAAGAGACCACUGUCAGAAAGAACUACCUGGUCCUCCUGCCUCCCGCACCUCACUUCCAUGGUAUUAUGGAAGCGACGGGAAUCUUGUAAGGAAGCGACUGUGGCAUUUUAGGAUCUCUGCUAGCCCAGCAGAGGCUCAAGGAGACCUUUUGACAGUCUCCCCCCCCCCCCGCCCCGCCCCCCGGCACGCAGUGAGGACGACCGCGACGAGGCUGCAGCCAGCCCCACGAGGGGGACAGCCGUGCCUCCCUUACCGUCUCAACUCCCCAAGAGAGCUGCUCACCGGAAGCACCGCCGCAGUGGGGACCCGAGGGGCUCACAGGGAACAGGAGACGACGCCACCGCUCGGUCUCCGGCACCUGAACGCCGACCUGGAGCGCUCCAGUGGCACCGCCAAGGGCCCGGCGGGACGCACUCCGGCACCGAGGGACGCACGCCGCCGCCGCGGCCCCAGCCAAACCCCACCGCGGGGAGCGCUUCUCGCGAGACGCGCUGAGGCGGCGAAGCGAGAGUGGCAGAGGACGCCGGCCCGCCCAGGCCCUGAGGCUGGGGUCGGGAGACUGGGGGUCGGGCCGGACGCCGCACCCCUGCCUUCCGACACCACCGACCGGCGCGGAGGAGAGGCGAGGGGCCUCGGGCAGAACGAGAAGGGCGGCCCAGUUCGCCAUGAACGUCCGUCCAUCGUCUGGCGAGGCCUAGGCCCGGCCCCAGCGAGCCGGACGUCACCACAUCCAUCGAUCGACCUCAAAGAUAGAGUCAUCUCCAGUGGAACUGAAGAUAAGAAGAUCAAAGGAAGAAGAGGACUUCAGGAAAAGCCAGUAAGGAGUGCUGAGACUGAGCAUCUCAAAGACAAAGGCCAUUUACUCUUGUGUCUCUACAACCCCAAGAAAUGUGCCUGGCACACAAUAACAACACUUCUUGUCUCAAAAAAUGGAGUACUUGGAACUGUGCAAAGUGGACUCUUCAAUUGUCACAGUGACUGGGGGCCACCAUAGCAUUUAGUGGGUGUGGACCAGAGAUGCUGAAUGUCUCAAUGCUGCGCAGUCCUGCAAAAGAAAACAGCUCACCUAAGAUGUCAGUGAGACUCCUAUUGAGAAGAUUUGGGUCAUUUAGCUGAUGGAAUUUCAUGUUAACUCAAAUAAAACAAGCUCCUAAUAAAUUA